AUGUAUGCGUGCGCUCGAUUACUAGUCGCAGUGCCUUCUUUGGAUGAUUCGGACUAUCUUGUGAAAGCUGCUCAUCUAGUCUCUACGGCGCAACGAGCCGAACACGAACAUGAAUAUGAAUUGGCCUUUGAAUGUUACAAAAAUGCUGCCAGUAGUCUAAUCCAGGGUAUUCAACAUGAAUCGGACAUGGCACGACGUAAUGCUGUUCGCCGAAAAACCGCUAAGUAUCUUGUAGCAGCGGAGCGGUUAUACCGAACUUAUCUGGCUUAUGAUGGUGCUGCUCCUAUUGUGAAUUUGGAGUCCCUUGUGGAAUCGACCAUGAUGGAUCCUGAUGUGCUGGCAUUUCAAUGCGCUAACGCAUGUCUCAAGAAUUACCGCGUAGUUGGUAUACUACCGAGCAUAAACGCUAUCAAAUGGGUUUUAAAGGUUGAAGAAAAAUCAACAGGAAGACUCUUUGUCAUGAAACUUCUCGAAAAGGGUGUUCGAACAACAAAAAGUCGAGUACUUCUCCCUACAAACGUCCCGCACAUGAUUCAAUUGCACCAGUUCUUCGAAACUGAAACAUAUAUAAUUUUGGUAUUGGACUAUGUUGAAAGUGGAACAUUGUGGAGCUUCUUGGUGCAUUUCUUCGCCGAAUCAGAGAAGCGAUUUCUGCUUUCAUUGGCUACAGGAGACGACGAAGGAUUUGGAGACGUUCCUCAAUGUUCCACAUUGGCAAUGCAACCAACAGUGGCGGAGUUGGAGUGCUAUAGAGGACGACGACUACAUUUCUCCGUAGGUGUAGACUUUGAGCGCGUGGCCGAGAUGCGAGAUGAGAGUCUGAGCAAUGAUGUCCCCUCCACUUCUGGUGCAGUUUGUACAAUGGGCGAAGAUGCAACUGGUGUAUGUAGCGCCCCGGAAGGCGAUUUCUAUUUGAUAGGAGAAGGAGCUGCUGAAAACGUAUCCUUAAGAGGCGAAGAAUCACCGGCGCGAGUUCGUCUGCCGAAUAGACACGACGAAGAUCAACCAGUCGAUGAUGCAUCAAAUCAAACGUUAAUAUCCUCCAUAGCAUGUGUGCGUUCAUACUUGCGUCGUGAGCGACGUCGUGCUUGGCCUGGGCUCCGGCCGUUGCCUGAAUCUUUGAUUGUGCAUUGGUCUGCUCAACUUGUUAGUUGGCUGUAUGUAAUGCACAAUGAGCAUGCUGAAGUGAUUGGGUGAGA